GAAUUAAGAAGAGGCUGCUCCCUAUUAAUUGUUUUGCAUUGUCUCUUUCUUACACAAAGCCCUAACGAUAAUCCUCUCCUCCGCUUCUUCACUGCAGACUGCAGAAUCUGUAUAAGCAAGAUGGAAGAUACCGAAAUGUUGGAACAGCAAUUACCAGAGGCUUCCCAAGUUAACCUUGUUGAUACUGGCGUCCAACAGCAACAGUCCUCACACCUCACUGAGGAUCAUCAUACCACUGAAACUAGGCAUUCACCUGAUUCUGGGACAGCUGAUGAUAACACUCUAACCUUGCCCACAGAUGUUAAUAUGAGUGAUAAUCCAGCUUUGCCCGAUAAACCUGAUAACAAAUCUUCCAAUGAUCCUAAUACAAAUUCUUGCGAUGCUUCUCCUGGCCAAUUGCUAGAGAAGAAAAACAAUGCAGAAUCUGUUCCCCUUCCUUGUCCAGAAUCUUUUACACCUAAAUCUGGUCCUGAACAUGUGGAGAAAUCAAAGAGUUGGUUGCUAGAUCCUGAGAUGGGUGAGGCCGAUGAAGCUGGAACACAGGAGGAGCGAGCAGCAUUCAUGAAGGAGCUGGAAAGUUUCUAUAAGGACAGGUCUUUGGAAUUCAAGCCCCCUAAGUUUUAUGGAGAACCACUAAAUUGCCUUAAGUUGUGGAGAGCUGUUAUUAAACUGGGUGGCUAUGAAGUGGUGACUGCUUCGAAGUUAUGGCGGCAAGUGGGAGAGUCAUUCCACCCCCCAAAGACCUGCACAACUGUCUCUUGGACAUUCCGCAUUUUUUAUGAGAAGGCACUUUUAGAAUAUGAAAAGUAUAAGAGGGAGAGUGGUGAGAUUCAACUUCCUGCUUCUUCUCUCCCUCUUCCAAGUGGUGAAAAGGAGUCAAGUGGCUACCUAGCCUCAGCGUCAGGUAGGGCACGCAGGGAUGCUGCAGCUCGUGCCAUGCAGGGUUGGCAUGCUCAACGUUCUGUUGGAUAUGGUGAGAUCACAGAGCCUAUUGUUAAGGAUAAGAGCUUGAGUUCUACAUCAAAGCGUGAAAAACAUCUCAAAAACAUUGGUCUGCAGAAACAGAAGACACCAAUAAGCAUUGAGCUUGCUGCUAAAUCUGCACAUGAACCAAAUAAGCAACUGGCCACGGAAGUUGUUGAUGUUGGAUCCCCUGCUGAUUGGGUGAAGAUCAAUGUGCGUGAAUCUAAGGAUUGCUUUGAGGUAUAUGCUCUGGUCCCUGGGCUCCUGCGUGAGGAGGUUCGAGUUCAAUCAGAUCCUGCUGGACGUUUGGUUAUAACAGGUCAACCGGAGCAAGUUGACAAUCCUUGGGGUAUCACGCCCUUCAAGAAGGUUGUGACCUUACCUGCAAGAAUUGAUCCUCUUCAAACAUCUGCUGUUGUUAGCUUGCAUGGUCGACUCUUUGUACGUGUCCCCUUUGAGCAAGGAUCGGUUUGACGCUUGUGUUAUUAAGAUUAGUUCGCUCAAAUCAAUUUUAGUUGAGGCACUAAAAUCACAUGGGAGGGAUGUAAUUAGAAGUAAACAUGGUAUUGUGGAAUUGGUUGCAUUUUUCCUUCCUGGCUCAUUGUUGGUCCUAUUGAACAAGUUCAAAAGCACCGUGUGAAGGAAAGUUAAUUUUUAUGUUCAUUUUAAAAAUCUGAUCAAAUCGUCGAGGUGAGUAUGGAGAUUUGGUAAAUUCAAGAUUUGAGCCUUGCAAAUAAUUUUGUGGACUCUGUCUUGAUUUUAUUAUUAUUAUUAUUAUUAUUAUAGAUAGAAUAGAAGUCAUAUAUAAAAUCGACUGAG